UUUCUCAUCAUACCCAAUUUCGACUAUAUUUUGAAGUUCACUUAUCUACAGAAAUUUAUUUGGUUUUAGGAUGGUUUGAUAUUUUUGGACAAUUCAACCUUCGAAAUAAAGCCACUAACAGAUAGAUUACGGCAAAUCCUAAGAGUCAAGGAUGAUCUCAAUAACUAUAGUCCUACAAAAAACCCACAUUUGGUAAAAAAAGCCAGCUUCUCUACCAGUUUUUUGUAUGAUCACGGAUACCCUUCAAGUAGUAGAAUCUGACAGAUGCCCAAGAAGAUUCACAAGAUACUUCCAGACGCAACAGACUGAACAGGGAGAACAAUCGCCAUAUAGAAUCAGAACUGCUAACAUCAAGAGCAACUAAUAAAAUGACUCUGGAACUAGCAAUGUUUUUGACGAGGCAGCAUAUAAAAUAUUUGCACCACAUUUGGACUAUAACGAUAAUAGGUUGCGAGAUAUGCUGCUAGCAUAUUUGAAUGGGGUUCAAGCGCUCUACCAUCAUCCUAGUCUAGGUGCUACGAUUGAUCUUGUUUUAGUAAGGACUUGAUAUAAUGAAGGUCCAACCUAGAGAUCUGCCGCAUCAUGAUGGAGAGAGGAGGAAAGCUAUUGGACAGCUUUUGCGCAUAUCAGGAAGAUCUAAACCCUGAAUCAGAUAGGGAUCCAGACCACUGGGAUAUGGCACUCUAUGUUUCAGGGUUGGAUUUUUAUGCAUUUGAGAAAGGUAGGAAGAGUGGUGUUACUAUGGGACUAGCACCUGUAGCAGGCGUGUGUUCAAAUACAUAUGCGUGCGUUAUAGCAGAGUUUGGAACGACAAAUGCCUUAGGUAAACCUUAUCCUAGUGCUGGAUUCACGAGCGUUUAUAUUUUGGCCCAUGAGAUUGGUCACAAUUUAGGGAUGCAUCAUGAUAGUAGCGGAAACAGUUGUGCCAAAGAAGGAUAUAUCAUGUCACCUUCUAGAGGAACGAAUGGGGAGACACAGUGGUCUACAUGUAGUGCCGAUGUUGUGGCUGACCUGAAGUGGGCAAAAUGUCUUCAAGAUAGCGCCAAACCCAGAAACACAUGGACCACAGUCGAUACUUGA